AUGACCCCAAAAUUAAAGUCUUUCAGAAUUUUUGGGGUCUUCGUGUCCAAGCAAGCGCGUCACCCCCGGCUCGAUAAACAGAGGACCCGAGACCCAGACCAAGAGGGAGCCGUGACACCGCUGACAGGGACCACUACUUUGACCUCCUACAGGGCGGCCGGCGGGGUCACGAGGCGGGGGCGGCGGCAGGGGCCCGGCUGUGAUGUGCAAUAUGAAGUGGAGCAGCUACUCACUCCCCUUACUGCUAGACACAUAUCUCUCAGCUUAAGGCCUUCACCUCACCCUACAACAUUAAAAAGUCCCCCUCACAGCAUUUACAGUCACCCACACAGCCAUGAGGAGCUGGAAAGUGCUGCAGGACCCGAGGGCAACGUGGCCAUGCACUCCCACAACGAACCACACCACGCAGGUGAGGACGUGGAGGCAGAGCAGCUCAAGGCCAAGGUGCGGGUGCUGUGCUGGGUGAUGACCAACCCCAAGAACCAUGAGAAGAAGGCUCGGCACAUCAAGGCCACCUGGGCACGGCGCUGCAACAAGCUUGUCUUCAUCAGCAGCGAGGAAGACAAGGAGCUGGGAACUGUGGCUGUCAACGUGGGCGAAGGGAGAAACCACUUGUGGGAAAAGACCAAGGCCGCCUUCUCCUACGUGUACAACAACCACUACAAUGACGCCGACUGGUUCCUCAAGGCAGACGAUGACACGUACGUCAUCGUGGAGAACCUUCGCUACAUGCUGAGCCCCUACGACGCCAGCCACCCACUCUGGUUUGGCUGCCGCUUCAAGAAGUAUGUGAAGCAGGGCUACAUGAGUGGAGGUGCUGGCUAUGUGUUGAGUCGGGAAGCCCUGCGCAGGUUCGUGGAGGAGGGGAUUCCGAACCCCAAGAAGUGCCGGCAGGACCAUGCAGGCUCCGAGGAUGUGGAGAUUGGUAAAUGCAUGCAGAACAUUGGAGUGCAGGCCGGGGACUCGCGCGACAAUAUGGGUCGAGGGCGGUUCUUCCCCUUCAUCCCAGAACACCACUUGGUCCCUGGGCACAUUGGAUCCAAGAACUGGUACUGGGAGUGGAUAUACUACCCAUCCAAAGUUGGUCUUGAGUGUUGUUCAGAUACGGCCAUUUCCUUCCACUACGUCCUGCCCAACAAGAUGUAUGAGCUGGAGUAUCUCUUGUACCACUUGCGUCCAUACGGCAUCAACCACCGGGACCCCUUCCCUCCCCCACUCCCCCCAGACACCAAGAGCAUUCCACAGGAGGUAAUAGAAAGGUAUGCAAAAGCCAUCACUCCAACCAGCCCAGAAGAAGCAAAACAGAAGACGCAUGUCGAGGCGGAAACUGCAACUGAGGCACCAACAGACAACAAAAGACAUCCAGCAAAACCAUCAACCAUCAUAGCAAACCUCAAGUCAAAACCUUCAACAAUAAUAGCAAAUCUGAAGUCAAAACCAGUGUAGCAAUUGUGCAUUCUCCUCAUAGAUCAUUAUUUUUCCAUAAUUUCGAGGUUCAUCAUAGUUAUCAAAUAUUUUAGUACAAGGCAUUGUGUGUUUCCUGCUACAAGUGUGGAGUGGUCAUUUUGUGCUCACGGCUGAAUGUCUGAAAUUAGAAAUAUGGUGCUAAGUAUAUCUGUGUCUGUGUGGGUGUGGGUGUGGGUGCGUGUGGGUGUGUGUUACAUUGUGUUGCUCUUAAUCUAGAAUAUCCAGAUAGUAUUCAAUAAGUAUAUAAUUUUUCACUUUGUGCCAUAUUUGAUUGUUACUUUGCAGGUGACGCACUGCUUGUCAGGUAGCUUUUGGGUUACUGGCCUGAGAAUUGGCCUCAUCUUUUUAGUUGUAAUUUAUGGUCUUGAUGCUGAUACCAAAAUCAGCCUGAAGAUAUGUACUUGGAGGCCUGUUUUCUCCAAGCUGCAGGUCAGUGAUGAUCUGACUACCUAUACCGAAGCUUGGCAUUACUCGCACUGUGCCAUAGGAAAGAGGGGUUCUGUGCCAUGUUGCCUCAUCUCAGCGUCUUGGUCACAUGUCAUGCAAACCUCACCAGAAUUAUGCAGACUGCUCACAAUUAAUGCAUCCUACGUUUUACAUUUAUUAGGUGCACGUUCUAGUCACAAAAAAAGGUGAUAGAAUGCGGUGAUAGAUACUUGUGUGUGCUAACAGUGCUUUGUUUUCAGUAUUUUUAGUUCAUUAUUGAUAUUGACUUCUUCACUUUGCUUAUGUACAAAAAGUCUCUCAAACUUGAUGAUAUACAAACGUCACAACCUUAGAAACAUUCCAAUAUCAAGAACAUAUGUAGGUCUGUAUCUCCAUUACCCUUACAUGCUGUUUCUCUGCCUGGUAUUAAAGUUGGGGCAAUAUACCAAGCUGCACAUUUUGUUGUUGCUCAUCUUCAUCUCUAUGGCACUUGAGCCUGUGUUGGUAAGAACCCAUUUUCUGUAACAAGGCAGUCUUAGCAAGAGUGUCCAGAUCUUCCUGUUCGUUCAUUGCCUUUCUGGAGCAUCAGCACCUAUAGAGUUUUCAGAUCUUUCCCUGCGGCAUUAUUAGCACCUCGCCCCUCAUUCCACCUUCCAUGCUUUCUUUAACUCUAUCAGUCCCUUUGAUGUUGACGGGAAACGUAAAAACAUUCUUAUUAUCUGUUCCACCACAGACUCUCAGACAUGUCAUCACAUUCACACUCAGCUUCAUCAUGCAGAUACACAUUCCAGCUCUGUUUCAUCCCAGUGUCUCAUGAUGUUUUUCAGGGCUUUGUCUCCACAUCAGAUUUAACUUUUGUAAAUGCUUUCCCUCAUCGAGUCCUGGCCAAAAAUAGCCAUGAUGCCUUAUUGAUGAGCUAAUGGCUAUAAUUCUAUUGUAAAUUCGCAGUUUAGAGUUAUAAGAGCUUAGCAAGAUUGAACUGAAGAGUGUUUCUGCUCAGGAUCUGUCAUUAAAUUUAUUUGAAAUUGUUUAAUGAUAUAAUUUUGUUCGUACUGUGGGCAGAUUGAGGCAAAGAGUAUUCCAUUGCAUAUUCUGCCAUUAAACAAUAGAACAGGAAACUUAGACUUGUGUCAGUCAAUAUUCAACCUGUACUCAACAUAUGUGACCAGAAUAACAAUGGUACACACCCCCUGAGGUGGUCUGUUGUGUAUCAGAAGGAUGUCAAAACAAUACUAUUGGAUAGACUUCACUGCCAUUAGUAGAGAUGCUGGAGUUACAGGCCAGCACCACCUUUCAAUUACAUAUCCCGUGCUGUAGGUCUCUUGUGUGUUGAUUCUUUCCUUGGGGGGGUUGGGAGAACAUGCUAAGCUGUGUGUUUCAUCAGUGGUCAUCAAAGUCACUUUAGCACAUGAACCUGUGGUGGCUAAGAUACUCAUUACCAUGGGACACAGGGUGAGUGUAACAUCUGUGUUACCACACUUUACCUUCCCCAGGUUUCCCCAGGGACCCAUUUACUAAUUUACUGAUGAACACCUGAGUAGACUGUGUGCUGACUGGCCUGGCCAGGAUCAAGCCCAACCUGAGGAUUUGUAGCAGGUGUGUUAACCACUACACCACAGAGGACUCAUUGCCCUGGUAUUGCCACAUUCAUGUCACUGGGAGAACAGGACUACAUUCACCAAAGAAGCUGAGUAAUGAUAUGUUGAAGUAUAAAAGUAACAGUCUUUUGAGACAUUCCUGAGUGGUAGAUUUUAAGUUUUAAUAUCCAAGUUUGAGAGAUUUUGCUGAGCGGCAGUCUUUGUGUGUCAUGAUGUGUCAGUCAUCGUCAGAGCUGUCAGAGCCACCAAAGACGAGCGCUGCUGACAUUCUUAGAGGACUUUAUUAUUGUGUUCAUGCUUUUUUAUUUAAUUAUAUAUCAUUA